UUCUAGGGAAGCCAAUCAGCGCCACCGCGGUUCCCUGUUACGAAGUUCUCAGACUAGUUCGAACUCACAUUCGUCCAAAAUCCCAAGCAUGAGGGUCACCGAGCCGCGAACCCUCCUCCUGCUGCUCUCGGGAUCCUUGGCCCUGACCGAGACCUGGGCGGGUCACAUUCACCUCGGACAUGGGGACCCGCGCCCGAAGGAGCGUCGGCCCGGGUGGCAGCCCCUCCCGGCCCCAGGGGUCCACUCCUUGAGGUACUUCCAUAUUUUGGUAUCGCGUCCUAACCUCGGGAGGGACCUUUAUCAAUCUGUCGGUUAUCUGGACGACACUCAGUUCGUAAGAUACAACAGCGACACCGCGAAUCCGAGGGUGGAGCCGCGGGCGCCGUGGAUGGAGCAGGAGGGGCCAGAGUACUGGGACCGGCAAACCCAGAUAGCCAGAGAACAUUCGCAGGAUUCGCGGUCGAACCUGAAGGUCAUCGUUGGCAACCACAACCACAGCGAGUUGGAAUCGCACAGCUUCCUUUGGCUGUCUGGCUGCGAUGUCGGGCCGGACGGCCGCAUUGUCCGAGGGUACGAGCACUUCGCCUACGACGGCGUGGAUUACAUCACGCUGAACGAGGACAUGCGCUCCUGGUCCGCGGCGGGCACGGUGGCUCAGAUCAUCCGGCGCAAGUGGGAGAUGGAGGGAACAGCGGAACUGUACCGGGCAUACCUGGAGACCGACUGCGUGGACUGGCUUCGCAAAUACCUGGAGAAGGGGAAGGAGACGCUACUGCGCGCAGUUCCUCCGAAGACCCAUGUGACCCGACACCCCAUCUCUGACCGUGAGGUCACCCUAAGGUGCUGGGCCCUGGGCUUCUACCGGGCAGAGAUCUCACUGACCUGGCAGCGUGACGGGGAGGACCAGACCCAGGACAUGGAGAUUGUGGAGACCAGGCCUUCAGGAGAUGGAACCUUCCAGAAGUGGGCAGCCCUGGUGGUGCCUUCUGGAGAGGAGCAGAGAUACACGUGCCAUGUGCAGCAUGAGGGGCUUCAGGAGCCCGUCACCCUGAGAUGGGAACCUCCUCAGACCCUCUUCCUCACCAUGGGCAUCAUUGUUGGCCUGGUAUUCCUCGUAUUGGCAGUGGCUGGAGCUGUGAUCUGGAGGAAGAAACGCUCAGGACUAAGGGAUUCCUAUAGAACCUCAAGGCUCUGCCUCCCCCCAGGCCUCUCACAUGAUAUCUUUUACCCACAGAUGGAGGGAGCUAUACUCAGACUGCAAGUAAGUAUGGACAGGAGAAGACAGGAUCUGAGGCCCUAAUGUAUCUCUCAUGGCUCCUAAAGUGUGAAACUGAUGGCUUGUGUGGAACUGAGUGAAAGAAGUUGUGUUCACUCUAUGUGAAAAAAGUUGUGCCUCCACUCUAUGACUUCAGAACCCAGACUUCUUUUUUUGUAGAGAUGUCUGAAUGUGUCUGUGUUCCUGUACUGUAAUGUGAGAAAGUGGGGAGGCUGACCCACCCCUGCCCACAAUGGCCUCCAUUUCUUCCCCCCACCAUUGUGUAAUGGUAUCAUAGGUGUUUGUGUAUUAUCGUAUUGUUUAUUUACAUAUGUGCAGUUCUUUGUUGUAUAUCAGUGCUACCUCAAUAAACCUAUGUAAAAAAUAUCAUUUUGAAAACAUA